GAUAACGUUGUCGUUAGUUUCGUUUUGUCCAUGUUUGGAUGUCCUAAAAAAAGUACGCUCGGUGUUAACUGAUCAGUUUUUUUUGAGAUACACUAGUGUGAUUAUUAAAUUAAGAUUUAAACAUGUCAGAAAUAUCGUUAUCUGAUGGAUCUCAAAUGCAACAAAUCGAUAUUUCCAAUUUAAAUUUCCAACAAUUAGUGCACUUGAAACAACAAAUGGAUCAAGAACUUAACGUCUUUCAAGAUUCUUUGCACAAAUUGAAACUCGCACAAAGUAGAUUCCUAGAGUCUGGAUCGUGUUUGGAAAAAAUUACACCUAAAGUCCAAGGAAAGGAAAUACUUGUUCCACUUACCGGAUCAAUGUAUGUUACUGGAAAGCUCGCAAACACAAAUAAUGUAUUAGUUGAUAUAGGGACUGGUUAUUAUGCACAAAAGAGCAUACAGGAUGCAAAGGAAUAUUUCAAGGGAAGAGUCGAAUAUGUUACAGAACAAAUGGAAAAGAUUCAGCAAGUUGGUUUAGAGAAAAGUAAAAUUAGAGAUGCAACAGUGAGCAUAAUUCAGAUGAAAAUUCAGAAUCCAAUGUAAAAAGAAAUCACAAAGCAUACAUAGGCUGAAUGAUAAUAAAUAAAUGUUUUGUUUCUGUUACAAA